GGCCAAUGUUCACCGAGGCUCCCAGGACAGUCAACAUGGGUCUCUGGGUGCUGCAAAGUGUUUUAUUCUUCAUGCUUUUCUGCAAGACUAAUGGACAGUUUGAACCAUUCAGGUUAAGGUAAAUUUCUUGUUUUUUUUCUCUCCAUGAUGCAUCAUUCAUUAAGACCGAUGAAUUCUGAACCAAGUUAUGUCAAGUUAAGUUAUGUGUUUUUUACAGACAACCCUUGCAAGACAGGUAUGUGUUUAUGCAAAUGGGUCAAAUUAAACAGAUCCUUUGAUUUUUAGACAUUUACAGUUAUUUCUGAUUUUGCUGCCCCAGAUUUACAUCAAUAGAUCGAUUCUGGGACCUCCAUGAGUAAGUAAACAAAGCUGGCCACAUAGAUUCAAUCUAUAAAAUAAUGUUCUAGAUUGUGUUUAAUCAUCGCAGAAUUAAGAGGGAAAAAAGUUGGAGUGAUUCUGAGAUGUUUAGGCUGAACUUGGAGGCAGCCAAUGAUAAUUUGUAAUUGGAUUUGGCAGUAUCUUUACAGUCUGUCAUAUUUCUACAAAAACAUAGAAGUCAUGGUGAGAGGGACAUGAUCACAUUUCCAACUCAGAACAAAAAUAGUCAUUUUUUGCUGUAAUAUAAACAGCGGAUUACGCUUUGACUCAAAAUCAUCAAAACCAAACCCCCUUCUCUUUCAGUGGUCUGUAAUCCAUCACAAAUGUCACUACCUCAUUUACUCGUCUUGCUCCAUAUGUGACCAAAACUGAAGCUUCUCAAGGUUCCUCAAGGAAGCGCUCUUGGGUUUUUUCUGUUCUGAACUUUUAAACCAAACACACAUGAAAAAUACGAGAUUUGAUUGUCAUGUCCUUUAAAUUGAAUGAGCUAAAGAAAAAAGACACUGAACAAAAGUUGUACCUCUCUGAAAGAAACAGGGUUGUUGUCCGGUGGGAUCAGGUGCUUCACCAGCCCUGCUUACUACAUCGGCUGGAUGACAAUAGCACAUUAAUGCUUGUCACCGUGCUGAGAACUGUCUCUAUGCAAGUGACACCUAACUGUACACCUCUGUCUCCACACAUGACCAAAUUACCUUUCGAACCCUCACUGCCUGCCUGUUUAAUAAAAACUCAGACACAUUGCAAAACUCAGACCCCCUUUUUUUUUACUGUCACUGCCUUUUACUGGCCUGCCCAAAAAGUAAACGGAAAAGCUUUUAAAUCUGGUUUUUAAUCCAGAAUAAUUUCUUGUAAUUUCUCAUGUUUGUAUCUCUUAUUUUAUCGUUGAUUUUGUUAUUGAUAUAAUUGUAACACUGACAUUAACACUUAUUGUCGUUUCUUUGCAGUGUCGCGAUGAAAAAUGUUGCCCCUGGUCCUAAACCCCGGUAUAGCGUCAUUUCCUCUCACAGUGCAACAGUAAAACAUGCAUCACUAUUUUACCCUUUAUUUCACUUUUUAGAUUGUCCUCUCUCUUUUGCAGGAUGCAGAUUUUUUUAAUGCAUAUUUAUUUUGCAAAACCAAAAUGGUCUUAGACUUGCGGAGCAGGAAGAGGCAGAAAGCUUAGAGAGCUCAUUACAAGUAAUUCAGGUUUUCUUGAAGACUCCAAAAUCAGGCAACUGGACUGUUUUCUCAACUCUUCACAGUCCAGUUGCCUGAAUUUGGAGUCUUCAAGAAAACCAUGACCUGGAUGAAUGAGAAUCUACAUGGACAAGUAAUUCAGGUCUUUUUCUGGCAUGUAAUAUCUUGAAAAAAGGGCGUUUUGUUGAAUUUUCUUAAUUGUUUUUACAUUUUGAGCCAAAUAACAGCCUUUUCUGCGAUCAUAUGUGUAGAAUAGUCGAUCCUGUCUAUAAAUUUACCUAGAUUGGGUUAAUUCUACACACAGACAGCUCUAUUUAUCCCUCAUAUACCUCAGUAAGAUGCCCCCUGGCUCAUAUUGUGUUGUUUUCCUGCAGGUUGUUCACCCUCAUUGCUCCAGACCUGCUGAGAACAGACAGUCAGGAGAACAUCUACCUGCAAGCUGAGGGUCUGUCCAUCCCCAUCACCGUCUCCAUCACCAUCCAGGACUUCGCCAAGUCCACCGUGCUGCUGCAGGACUCUGUCAUACUCAACCAGGAGAAUGGAUACCACGUUCUCAAGUCUAUAGAGGUGACGGUUGAACUGAAUCUAAGCUCUUGUGAUGAACCUCAAGUUUAAUCACUGGAACCACUUUUGACACAUUUGGAAUUGAUAAAGAUGCAAAAAUUGAGCGUGUAUUUGUGGAUCUUGGAUUAACCAGGAUUUGGUAACUCUUAAAAAUGAAGUUUGUGAAAAGUUUCAAACUACUUGAUCAAGCUUGGGAUCCAGUUAUGUAAGUUAAAUGUUAAAAAACUAUGCUAAAUUUUACAAGACAUCCACAACACAAGAACUGGGAUCCUUUUUUUUUAGUCAUCUUAUUCAGGAUCAAGCAUCACUGUUUUGUUUUUACUAACGCUACAAAUCCACCUCAUUUCUCCUCCAUCCCAGCUUCCCUCUGAGCGUCUGAACCGGGAAGAAAAGAAGAACAAGUUUGUGUAUCUGAAGGUGAACUUUCAGGAUUUUUACAUCGAAAACAGGAUACUGAUGGUGACUUUUCACUCAGGAUACAUCUUCAUCCAGACAGACAAACCCAUCUACAACCCAGGAGACGUGGGUAAGAGCUGACUAUCCUACCCGCAAAACAGAUAUUAGCAAUAAGCACAAACAAUCCAAAAAAAGCUGGGACUUUAAAGAUAAUGAUAAGAUCAGGUUUGGAUAGUUUAUUAGGUAUUUAAACCAUGUGUGAUUACCUGAAGGAACAUCUACCAACCAAUGAGGUACACCUAAUGUGAAAUGAGUAUAAAGGGGGCACUCCAGAGAGACUGGGUCCCUCAGAAGGAGAGCUGGAACAGGGCAAGAGCAAAACCAACACAGCAUAGCCAGGAUAGUCGGGGCCCUGAGGAGGCAGUGCAUUAAAAACAGACAUGACUCUGGAGUGGAAAUCACUGCAUGGGCUCAAAAUCACCUCCAAAAACCAGUGUCUAGCACAGUUUGUGUACACCGGUGCAGGUGCAAAAAGGAGAAAUCUUAUAUAAAUAAAUAUGUAAUGUUGACGACUUCUCUCUGCCCAGAACCGAUUACAGGUGGACUGAGAUGAAGCGGAAACUGCUCUGUGUUGAAUAAUACUGGACUUUAUUUUUAGAAAUCAUGGAUGCUUCAUCCUCCGUUAUAUAGGGUAGAAGGUCACCCUGCUUAAAGGACUUCGUUUUGCAUAUAAAACUCCAGAAACCAGCCUUCUUAAAACAUGUUGCAGAGCUUGUGGUUUUUUCCCGAACAGUAAAAAAUUCUGCUUCAGCAUCUGACACGUUGUCUCUGCAUGACUUACUGUGAAACACAUGCCUUUUAACAUUUCACACAGCAUCAUUACAUCUGAGGUAUCAGGGUUGUUCAGUUUGACCAUUUCAUGUUUUUCUGUUGAUGUUUCAUGUUUUUCAGUUCGUUUGAGAGCCUUUGUGUCCUCUCCAUCUUUUAAGGCUUUCAACAGCUCUGUCACGAUAGAUUUCCAGGUAAAUAAAUUAACAAGCAACUGAUUAAUGGAGAUAUUUUAAGUCUUAUCCAUAGACUGUAUAUAGAAUGGACAUUUUCAGCCCCCUUGCUGUGGCGAAGCCUCCGUGAGAAAAGCUCCCCUGGUGACUGGUUGCAGUAUAUGUCAUAAGUCCCGCCUCCUCCAGCAAACUUAAUGGAGCUUUGGACAAAAUUUACAAAUUAAUUACACGGAAUAUAAAUGUUUCUCCCCCCUGGUUGCGUUGUUGACAUGUAGUUAUAGUAAGACUGGUUUGUGCUCAAGUCCUCUUUUUUCUUUUCAGCUCCAUUUUUAAAAGUUAUUAAGGGGUCCAUGUUUUCUUUGAUUGACACCUGAUACAGCCUAUGGGCGUAUGAAGAUUGCAUAGAUCUUUGGAGGGAUACGCUGUUUAAGCUGAGCGUCAUCACAGUGACUCUCCUGCUGAACACUACUGCACAAAUGCUGGUUUCUGGAUAUGGAGAAAAUCCUGGAAAUACAGAGCGCAAUUUGGCUUCAAAUUCAGACAAUAACGGGAGGUGUCCAAACUAUAUACAGUCAAUGGUCUAAUCUAAACAUCCAGGUCAAAUCCUUUGACCAAGAACUCAAAGUUUGCUUUUUCCUGCAUAAAAUCUUCUCACUAUGAAAAUAUUUAAUUUAUUUAAACUAUAAAUGUUUAGCAAAUUAAAAACUUGGUCAUACAAUAUUCUGGUUGGUUUAUAUGAAUCAUUAGCUGAAAGGACCCGUUUGUUUUUGUGUGUGUGUGUGUGUUUUUUUAAGAAUUCAGAUGGCGUGGUGGUGAAACAGUUUACCAGGACCAGAGUUACCGAUGGAGUCUUUAAAGACACUUUCCCUCUCUCUGAAAUUGUCAAGUAAGAUCAGUCUGACCUAUGUAAAAAUUAUUAAAGAGGGGUCAAAGGGAGGGAGCUGAGUAUUCACUCCUUCUCAAAGGUCUUUUUAUGACUUUUCUGGCAAAAAAAAAGUUACUUUUAAAAGUUUAGAAAAUUUUAAUUACUGAAGAAUCGUUGAUGUGGCCCUGAUACUUCAAUAUACCAUGUUGACCUUUACAUUUUAAAAACUCUGUAGCCCUAUUCCAGUUUAAGUUAUUCAUAAAAGCUGGAUGAGAUGACCUAUUUUACUUUCAAAUUAGUUGUUCUACACCUCUCAUCUUUCACUUGCUUAGCCUGUGUCUGAAAUGAAGCAUUCAAUCCCUAACCCCCAUAUGGGGUUUCAGUAUAUAGCUGACUAUGUAUUAUGUAUCUUUGAAUUGCCACUGGAGACGUAAUGCAUGACGAGUGCCCACCACUGGAUGCCCACCACUGGUGAGUGACCGUCGGAUGGUCACUACAUUUUGCAAUGCUCUAUGGGAAAUUUUAAGUCGCCUAUAUGGGACAUUGGAAUAGAUCACUCAGGUUUCAGACACCCCUCAGAAUGGUGGUAACCCCCAUAAAGUCGUCUAUAUGGGGGUUAGGGAUCCAUUUCGGACACAGCCGUAAGUUAUUUAGUGGUUGUAAUUACCAGGUCAAAAUCACAAGUUCACGGGCAAACAUUAGCAUGCUAAAAUGCUAAACUCAGGUUUGUCUCACAGGACUGUUGCUUCUUAGAGUCAAGCUCAACUACAAUCCCUGAGAACUCAACAACCCCUGAAUUGCCUUCUUUCUUUAAGUUCACCUGUCAUGUGUCUUGUGUUGUAAUAGGGAAGGACCGUGGAAGGUGAUUGCAAAAUUUGAUCACUGGCAGCAGAACACGUUCAGCUCCAGUUUUGUGGUGAAGAAGUAUGGUAGGUCCAAUUUACACUGUGCCUACUCUUUUGCUGAUAUCAAUGAUGCUUGAUUGUUUGCUAGAAACAGCUUUGUCUGGACGCUGAACCUUCAUGGUCUGUUGUGUUUCAGUUCUUCCCGCCUUCAAUGUCACCUUAACGUCCCAAAAGUCUUUCUUUCGCCUGGAUGACACUGAGUUAAAUGUGGAGAUAUCAGCGAGGUCUGUCACGUAAAAGUUAAACACAUACUUUUGUCUAAAGAAACUAAAGAUAAGCUUCAAAUCUGGACUCCGCAUCUUCUCACACUGUGUUUCAGGUACCUGUUUGGGGAACCAGUCCAGGGGACAGCCUAUGUUGUGUUUGGAGUGAAGAUCAACAAUGACAUGAUAAGAUUGCCUUCAGUCAAGCAGGUUUCAGAUGUAGGUCACUGCACUGUCACAGACUUUAUCAGCUGUUGUGACCAAUUUUUCUGUUGCUCAGUACCUGGUAGUUUCUUUUGUGAUUUUUCCUGGGCUAUACAUCUGUGUUUUAAUCAUCCUUGAGCCUAGCUGACCCAAGAACGGUGCCUAAAAUCUAUCUACUUGGAAAACAAAGCUUCUAGGGGCUGAUUUGAACACAGAAACGUCCACACAUAGAGCAACAAAGUAGAAACCUCCCUCAAAUCUUAACACAACACUCAGGGUCAUGUUUUUGUAAACAAGGCCAAAACUCUUCAAGAAUUGCCUCCUUGCAUUCAGGGUUAGAUCCUGGAUCAUGUGUGUAGUGUACCAGUGUGUGUUUUCCUGGUCUACUCGCCAAGUUUGUUUUGGUGUUUUUCCGCCUCUGCAUCUGUUGGCACCCUCACCCAUCAGAUAAUUGUCAUGCAGCCAAUCAGCACAACAAUUUAUUACCACAGCAUUUAGCUCACUCAGAUCUCUGUAGGGGUAGUGAGAUUGGAGACUUGGAGAUUGAGAGGCUGCAGAUCCUCCACAGAGGUGGUAAUUUUUUAUGUUUUUUUGCAAAAGAAAUCAAAACCUUGCUUCUAAGACAACUAGGACUUGCUGCAAACAGCUUAAAAUACUGUAGUAUGAGCCCUUUAACCCAACAUUUGUCUCAUUAUUUGCUUGUUGUUCCUCAGCUGAGUGGAGGAGUGGUCAGUCUUAGUAUGGAGGAGUUAAAGAGAGCUUAUCCCAACAUCAGAUCUUUGGUGGGAAACUCUGUGUACGUCAAAGCUUCUGUGCUCACCGCGUCCGGUAAGAACUGCAUUUCAUCAGAGACACAUAAAGUUAUAUACAUACAAUAUAAAUCAGACUGCUUAGACACGGGUGUUCUGCACAUCAGUACAAGUACAUGAAAGCAUCACAACAAAGUGCUUUGGACUGUGUGUUAUGUUUGUUUUGGUUCAGCCACGUAAGACCAAACCAGGUCAGUGUUUAUUUUUGCUCCAGGUUUACUUAGUUAUCCAAAAAUUCCACUUUUGAAAUACAACCUGAGGUCUAAGGUGUAUCAGCAUGACCUUUAACCUUACUGAACAAACUUUUUCACAAUAACUGCAUUGAUUUUCCCUCAUUACGCCAGUUUUGGGAAAUGGGGAUUGCACAAGGGAAAAAUUCACUGAGUGGGUGCACUGAGAGCGCCAUUGGUCUAGCGAGUGCACAUUCGUAUAUGGAGGCCAAAGUCCUUGUCACAGGCAUCACUGGUUUAACUCCCAAAAAGGAUUAUUCACGAGCUGUCCUUCCUCGCACCCUUUUGCUUUGUUUUCUAGUCUUUCUUCAGCUGUUCGAUCAAAAAAGGCAAAGAUGGCCCCCAGAAAAAAAAAUGUCUUCCACGAAUAAAUUAUAAGUUAUAAAUUAUUACAAAUAAAAAUUAUUAUGUCAGCCUUGGACACCUACACCUUUCAGUGUUUGUUUGUUCCUCUAAAAUGAUGUUUUCCUCCAUACAGGCAGUGAUUUGGUAGAGGCAGAGAAGACUGGCAUUAAAAUAGUGGAGUCCCCAUUCGUGUUAAAUUUCAAAGAUAUACCCCGGCACUUCAAACCAGGCCUGCCCUUUGACUUUACAGUAAGAAAUGACCAUCUGUAAACUAAAACUGGAUUAUAUCCGUGAUUUUUCUUGUGAGCAUAAAACUUUGACAUCCCAGAGCAACAGUUACCCCCUCUUCUGUCCAGAUCCAGGUGAGCCACCAUGACGGUUCCCCGGCUCGUAACGUUCCAGUCAAGUUGAACAUGUUGGACGCGCCGUUGAUUGUCUCUGGCACAGCUGGAGUCACCAUCAACAUGCCGCAAAGUUUGCUUCCACAAACCAUCAAAGUAAGUUUUGUCAGUGUUUGAUUUUGUUGUUGUUGUUUUUGGUCUUUCUUGUUUACCAAUGCUCAUUAUCAGAAAAGCUUUUGGGAAUGCAAAUUCCCUGCUGAAGUGAAACAUGAAGAGACCCCCAAGUUACCCUCAUAUACUAAUACCAACAAAAGUAAUCUUAUAUAAUUUUACAAUAUGAGUUACACGUUUAUGUUACAACCAGAUAUUGAUGAUUUGUGAUGCUCAUGACAAAAGUAAGAACAGUGUUGGGGUCUUAACCAAGAUUCAGUAUAGUAUGACUCACCUAAUACUAUUUAGAAAUCUGAAUCAUUACAAAAAGUCUUUUUCCUUUCUCCAGGCUGAGACCACGCAGGCUGACCUGAAGCCAGAGCAGCAGGCCAGACACGAGGACACGAUUCCACCAUAUCAGAGCUUUAAUCGCCAUUCACCAAACUACCUGUACAUCUCCACCGGGACCAACAAGGUGUCUGUAGGAGAAAGACUGUCCCUGAAGCUGAGCAUCAGUGCAGCAAACCAGGACAUCAGGGAUCACAUUACACACGUCACAUAUUUGGUGAGCACAUUUUAAAAAAUCAUUUAUGCUGCAUUUUAUUCUGCUAGAGCCAUAAACUUCAAGAUGUGGCUUCAAAAACGGAGUUUAAGGACAAUAAUAAAUGAGUUUGUCCUUUAACUCCCUCAGAUGGUUAAUAAAGGUAAGAUCAUUAAAGCCGACCGUGUGGACGUGACCAGUCAGCUGAUCACCAGCAUUGGACUGACGGUCACACCGGAGAUGCUACCGUCGUUCCGUUUUGUGGCAUUUUACAGUGUCUGGACAGGCAGGGAGGAAGUGGUCUCUGACUCCAUCUGGGUAGAUGUGGUGGAUUCCUGCGUUGGAGGGGUGAGUGAAGAUCAGGCUCAGGGGGCAUCACCAGCUUCAAGAUGUUGGCCUCAUUCAACCUGUUAUAUAGGACUGUAGUUAUCAGAUGCGUAAGAUACUGAAUCUGCUUUUGCAAAAAUUUAUGAAAAAAUAGACUUAUUAGUAAAUAAACAAUAAUUUGACUUUUUAAAUCAUGCAUAUCUGCUUUUUUUUGACUCAGGUGUUGGUCAAAUAUAGCUUUAAAAAAACUCCUAUAUGAAUAUAACUGCUAUCAUUUCUUAAUUUAAAAAAAAAAAAACCUCUGUAUUAAUCAAUAAUCAAUGAUGCUUAUGUACUCAUUGUUUUGACAGCUGACAUUGGGGCCAGUUGAUGGCGUACAUCGAGACUACCGGCCUGGAAGGACCUUAAGUUUUCAGGUCAGAGGUGAUCCAGGUGCAAAGGUCAGCAUGGUUGCUGUGGACAACGCAGUUUUUCUGCUCAACAAGGACAGACUCACUCAGAGGAAGGUGUGUUUGCACAUGAACUUGAUACUUAUAGAAGUUAAAUGUUCAAAUAUAUAUACAUAUAUAUAUAUAUAGUAAAAAGCCAUCUGUAUUACAUGCAGGGUCCACAUACUGUAUCAACAUAAAUGUUUUUGAGACUGGUUUAAAACAGUCGUAUUUCUUGUUAAUAUUGGUUUUAUUCAAUUCAAUAAACUUUAAAAAAUCCCCAAAAAACCAAUCCUGGAUGGCCCUGAUCUUUGGGCUCUUGUGUGACAACUCUUUAGUGGAAAUCUCUGCCUAAGCUCAAGAUCGCCUCUUAAAUAUUUUUCUGUGAACACAGUUUGCAUCCACAGAUAUACGUUAAAACUGUAACACACAAAACAUAAUUAAACAUGAUCUAGAAAAGGCUUAGCUCAUUAAAGUGAGAUUGAGGUUAAGUGGAAAAUUGUUCCGUGGCCCAAUGAAUCUAAAGUUGACCUUCUUUCGGUAAUCAUGGACAUCAUAUCCUCUGCUGUAAAAAGAAAGGGGGGGGGGCAUUACAUUUUUUUAAAGGAAACAGACUUAGGGAGUGGUAUUUUUUUCAAGCGCAGAGAGCUUGCACCACCUUUUUUGUUAACAGCUCCUCUUCCUCAGCUCUGGGAUGUGGUGGAGCACGGAGACUUCGGCUGCAAACAGGGUGGAGGCAAAGAUGCCAAAGCUGUGUUCUCAGAUGCAGGACUGCUCUUCUCCUCCAGUGGUGGACUUAAAACUGAAACCAGACAAGGUACACCUUCCCCUCAGACUCCUGGGUAAAAAUACAGACACAAUCUCCGGAGAAUUGUAGUUGCUGUCCAUUAUUACUUGUGGAUAAGCUCUUCACCUUGUCGUCGCUGAGACGCUUUAUUGAAUUUCUCAUCAUUUGUGGCUGAGAUAACAGGCGUUACAGUUGAGUGGAAGAGGGGAUGUUGGCUGCACUGGGUUGCAGUUGAUCAGGGAUCAGGGUCAGCUAAAUGAUGCACAACAAUGAUGAGGUGCAUGCAAGUUAAUGAGUGUGUAAGGUUGAUGGGUGGGUGGGAGACAAUUUCAGAGACACAAAGAAGCAGACCCUGCACCAGUGGGAGGGCAGUCAAAGGGAUGCAUGUUAGAAAAAGACGUCCAGAUUAUGACAAAAAUUAUUCAACUUUAUGCUGCUGGUGAAAUAUUAUUGAAUGAUCGUGAUGAUUUAUUAUUCCCUUCUCAGCCCUGAAGUGUCCCGGAAGUGCCAGAAGGAGGCGCUCUGCAGAGCUGCUGAAAAAGAAAGCCCAGCUGGGUGAGUGUCCUCAUGUCAUUUAUGGUUUAGGGUACUUUUCAGAGUAGCAGUAUUUGAUCGGAGAUCAGCUGGUACGACUUCAUCAAGUGUUUUGUCCUUACUGCUUCAGCUUCAAGAGUUUCAACUAUCAUUGUAAUUGCACUCAAAAGUCUCUUCACAACAAUCUUGAUAUGAAAAGUAAAACAAGUUUGUGAGAUAAUAACAUUUUCAAGUUUGUGCGACUGUUAAUUAUGAUAACAAUAGUAUUGGUCCUGAUAACUGCUGGUUUUCCUCUGUCCCUUUUCUUUCUGCCUCCAGAGGAUUAUUACAAGGAGAAGCUGCAGCAUCGUUGUUGUAAAGACGGUCUCAGGGAGGUCCCCAUGCCAUACUCCUGCACUAGACGCUCUCUCUACAUCACAGAAGGCUGGGAGUGCAUCCGCGCUUUCCGUUAUUGCUGUGCUACUUACAGGAACCAAGAGUUUAACACAGAGAUCCCAACCACCCCUCCACCCAUCACCACCCUUCCACCAACCACCCUUCCACCCACCACCACCACCCCUGCACGCAUUCGUCUUGAAAGCAUUGUACCUUAUGGAAGAGUAGCCCUAAGGAGCCAUAUGUUUGGUAAUUCUUGCAUCCCUAUUCUAUUUUUCUGCACUGUGUGAUUUAUACUGACAGGACAUGUUUGAAUCUGUGAUAUUACUUCAGUUUUCAUGCUGAAAUAUGACCCUGUACAUACCUGUUGUUUUAGUCUAUAUCACUGUAUAACAUGAGUUAAAAAGGUACAAAGCAAAUCCUACCCUGUAAUACCAUAUGAUAUAAUACUAUAUGAGACAUACAAUAAGAUUAGGUAACAGUACUAUACAAUGUAAAAAAAUGACAUGAUAUGAUACAGUAUAUUAUAAUACAAUACGUGAAGAGAAUAUAUGAUAGAAAAUGGUGCAGUACAGUACAAUAGGAUACAAUGCGCUAUGAUCCAAAAUGGUACAAUACGAUAUAAAAGAAAACGGUACCUUACAAUACAAUACAAUAUGAUGCCAUAUGAUACAAUAAAUACUGUACUUUUAAAUACUGUAUUGUAUGAUACAAAAAGGUAACAGUACUAUACGAUCUGGUAAAACAUGACAUGAUAUGAUACAGUACAACAUUGUACAAUACGUUCAGAUAUAAGACAAUACAGUAUGGUACAGUACCAUACAGUAAGAUACAAAACCUUACAGUACAAAAUAUUACAAUAUGAUAUGAUAUGAAACAAAAUCCAUACAAUACAAUAGGAAGCAAAAUGGUACAAUACAUAAUGUAACAUAACGUUACAAUACGAUACUAAGCAGUGUUACCAUACCUUCAAAUCCAUAUCAAUGCAAUAUACACAGAAAGAUGUAAGUGCAUUAGCAUAGGCACCAUCUAAAAAUGACUGAUAUUUACCAGACAGAACAGUUAUGCAUUUAUUUACAUGCAAAGACAAAAAAAAUUCAAGCUAAUAAACCUUGAUAUGAAACACUCUGGGGUUUCCAAAGUGAUUAAUAAGAAUUCAAUUGACGAUGCAACGCAGGUCCCCAGAGACACUUGCAAUGUCUUCUGGUAAAAAUCAAAGAUUUGAUAAUAAAUGGAGAAAUGUCUCAAGACCUUCUGAUCAUGUAUGUAUGUAUGUGUUCACAUAGAAUGGGGACGCCCACAACCAUUACCCGUACCAGAUAGGGCUCGAGCUCAUGCUCACGCACCCGACCUCAGAGUAAUGGAAGAAAAAAAGGUUGAAACAAGACAGAUGGGGGUAGAGGAGAAGAAGGAGGAGGAGGGGUAUGAAGAGUAUGAGGAGGAAGAAGAGGACUGGGAGUAUCUGGAUGAGACUCAGGUGUCUCUGCGAUUCAAGUUCUAUGAGUCCUGGUGGAUGGAAGUUGACUUGCCUACCCAGUCGGACAGAGACGGGUGAGUUUCUGUUCAACACAAACACAGUAUGGAUUUUCCUGUUAACAUAUGAACUUGUGUGUUGUUCUUAUUGUGUAUGUGAGCAAUAUCCUUGUUUGCAUGAGGAAACGCAUGAGUUAACACAAACCUCUAAGCUUAAUAAUACACGGCUCAUAUCAACAGGUUCGCCUCUGCUACUGUAAACCACCCCUUACCCGACAGCAUCACAGAGUGGGGACUUUUGGCUGUCAGUUCAUCCGCUCAAACAGGUGAGGAGGAGGUGUUUCUACGCACUGAUAUCGUCGCGGCUUUAGCUCAAGAUUAGUCAGUCUCUUAACUAUCAAAGCAGCAAAUCUCCAGCUGGAGCCAUAUUGUUUUGUCUUCUGUCUUUGAUUGGCUGGUGGGUUUCAAGAUCACUCAGGCUCUUGUGAAUCAAUCUUGAUCUUGAUCUUCAGAUGGGACAACUGUUAUUCUAGAAAAGGUUUGUGGUGCUGCUGGUUGAGGAUUUUAAGUGCAAGGCCCACAUACAGAAGAGGUUCAGAUCAAAACAUCCCACUUUGUUUAACUUAGCAGAGGUUUUUUUUUAAAGUCCAGACUCAAAGUUUCAUCACACCACUACUUCAUAUAUGCAGAAGAGCCAACGAUGAUGCCUUCUAAAUGUCUGCAGGUUUCUGUGUCGCCGAACCGUACAAUGUGAGAGCACGGAAGGAUUUCUUUGUGGACUUAAAGCUGCCAUACUCAGUGGCAAGGAAUGAGCAGGUCCAGAUCAAAGCUGUGGUCCAUAACUACGGCUACACAGAGCUACACGUAAGAAACACUGUCUCCUACAGUUCCAGCCUCCGACAAAUGAUUCAAUUGAUCGUAUUAGAUUUUUAAUUGUGGUUGUCACCUGUUCAGGUGAGGGUGGUGCUGAUGAAGACAGAAGGCAUGUGCAGCAUUGCCUUCAAGGAAAGACACACACAGGAAGUGACGCUGGCGCCUGGUGCAUCUGUGGCGGUGCCUUACACUAUCGUUCCACUGGUGGUGGGGAGGCUUCCCUUGGAGGUGAUGGUGGUGGGCAGAGACAUGAUGGGAGGAGAUCGUGUCCAGAAGCUUCUACGAGUGGUUGUAAGUCUCUCCUGAUACUCAUAAUUAGGGCAGGAUGUCAACAGGAGCCGGUUAAAUUUGUGUUUUUUUCCCCAAGUCCAAGUCAGCAACCAAAAUAGAGAGUAAAAACCCUCGGUUUGAAGUUACAUUUUUAUUCAAGGGUAAAAAAGGUAAACCAGCCUGACCGAGGGGGAACAUUUCUCUUAGACAGUCCUCCUGGGGUGUUCCUCAAGGGUUUGUUUUGGGCCUGAAAUUAUUUUCUCUCUGUGUGCUGACCCAGGGGUUUAUUUACCAAAUACAGUAUAUAAUGUGUCGUUUUAGGGUCAUUGUGUUUUGACACCAUGAACAGAGGCACUCUUGGCCUUCUAGCCUUCAGAUACUUUUAACUUGUAAAGCACUUUCGCCAAAGCUGUUCGUUUUGAGUUUUAUUUGACUUGACUUAAAAUGACUUAAAUCAUUUUUUUGUUAACCAGAUGGAUGGAGUGCAGAAGACUGAAGUCUUCAGUGUUAUGUUAAACCCCUCUGCUGAGGGAGGUAAGACAACCACAGCAAUGCAAGAUCUUCUCCCAUCAAUUACAUGCUAUUUUGGCUUUUAUUGCAUUUACUGUGAUUCAUGGCUAGAGGUCACAUUUUUAUCUUAGUUCUGGUUUGCAGUGGGUUCAGUGUUGGUCGAAGUGUUUCUUUCAGGUUGUGGAUUAGGUCCAGGUUUGGGCCAGAUGGUUACAAAGGCUAUGUUUGUCACCUUUUUUUCAUAUUUGCUACAGGAACACAGUCAGUCAGAGUUGGAAAAACUGAACUGCAGUCAGUUGUCCCAAACUCUGAGCCAGAGAGAUUCAUCAAUGUCAGAGGUCAGUCACAAAGAGAUAAAUAUGGUGAAAAACUACACCAAAAAAAAAAAAAAGACAGCUUCAUAAUUCAUCCUUUCCUUUCUCUCCAGGGAAUGUUUUGGCUGACAGCAUUGACAACUCCAUCAGUGAGGACUCUCUAGCCUCUCUGAUCCGGAUGCCCGGCGGCUGCGUGGAGCAGAACUUGGCCACCAUCACCCUGCCGCUCAUCGCCACACUCUACCUGGAGCGAACCAGUGGCUGGGAGACUGUAGGGGUAGAGCGCAAGGCUGAGGCUCUGCGAUACAUCAGAAGAGGUAAGAAGGCAAAAAUUAGGACAAAUGAGGUGAAUGGACGGGAAAACAUGAGAAAGAAAUGAGGACAGAGGAAAGCUACAAAAAAAGUGUGUUGCACGUAUGUAUGGAGGGAGGUAUGGAUGGAGUGAUUGGUGGGUGGAUGGUUAAACAACGUGAAAAAGUUAGCAUCAUGAAGGAUCAGAUUGACGGAAUGAUUGGAUGUUUGCAACAACAAAAGGAGGGAUGUAGAUAAGUAGAAAAAUAAACAAACAAAAAGGAGAAUGUAUGAUAGAGAAGGAGCUGUGGAGGACUGGAUAUUAAGGAUGGAUGGAUGGAUAAAUUAUUUGGUGGAUGAAUAAAUACAUGGAUGCAUGGAUGAAAGAUUAAAGUGCAGAUUACCAAAUUAGCAUUAUUCAGGGCUAAGCUACCACACAACCAAUAUUGUGGUAACAAGGACAAAUGGAUGGAAGGAAGGACAGACGGAUGGAUGAAAAAUAGCUUGAUGGAUGGGUGAUAAUGGGUAAGGGAAUAGCUGGAUGAAAGACAUGAAAAGAUUAGCAACAGAUGGGGUCAUAAUGGACUGGAUUAGAAGAAUUGAUAUAUAUGGAUGAAGACUGGAAAUAAUGCUUUGAAGGACAAAUGAUUUUGGAUGGAUGGAUGGAUGGAUGGAUGUUUUAGUUCAUCUCCUCUCCUCAUUCCAUCUUUAAAUUCUUCCAUUUUCAGGCUAUGAGAACCAACUGGCAUACAGAAAGACUGAUGGUUCUUACCCCCCCUACAGGAAGCAAGGUGCAAGCACAUGGUAAUAAUGCUAUUAUUGUUUACACAAGUAGUCCUUUAUAUGUCCAAUUAAAUUGGCUAAGAGUUCAUUCAGCUAUUAAAGCUUCAAUGUAAAACUACUUGAUUUUAUUUGACGGACAGGCAGUACAUGUUAGUUAGAUCAAGUCUGUUCAGAAGUGUCUAAAUCUGGGCUAAUCCUGUGUGUCAGGAUCACUGCAUACGUGGUGAAAGUUUUCUCCAUGGCUCACUCCAUCAUCGGCAUCAAAGAGAAGCAAGUGUGUGAUCCUCUGCUUUACCUGUUGAAGAACAAACACAAUCAUCUGACAGGGUCCUUCAAAGAAGACAACCCAGUUUACAGCACCACCAUGACUGUAAGGUUUAGUCAUCAUCAAACCAAAACUCACAAUCAAACAAAGCAAAAUCAUAUCAUGCAGUUACAGUCCUGAUAAAUGGUGACCUCUUUUUCCAGGGCGGUAUGCGUGGCGACGAUCCUCAGGUAACCCUGACUGCAUUUGUGCUCAUCGCACUCGCUGAGGCUAAGCAGGCAGGGAUCCACUGCAGCAGUCCACGUGUUAACAUGGAGGUAUUUCAGUCGAAGAUAUCAACCUUCAAAUUUGUCACUGAUCAUUUUUCUUCCCUGUACUAAACUGAUGAUGCGUAUGUUUAUUGUGUGCUGUAUCUGUGUAAUGCAGGAGGCGAUGCGUAAGACAUCUGAUUACCUGUUCAAAUCGCUCAAGAGGUUGGGGAGGAGGCCGUACACUGUGGCCAUCGCCUCCUACGCACUGGCUCUGCUUGGGGACAAUGGACGCCACAACCCAACACAAACACUACUCAGAGAGUGUCAGGGUAUCAAAUGCACUAUGAUCAAUCAGAUUUAUCAAUCAUAAAACUCUGUGUCCCCUUUGAUAGAGCUCAGAGCUUACAGUAUUCUAGCUAUUUACUCAAUACAUCUACCUCACACAUGAAAAGCCUACAACGAGGACUUACUCAUUCCAGUACGCACUCAUUCCAAAAACAUAUGAUGAUGUAUUGCUGGUCAUAUCAAUGUAAUGAGACCCUCUCCCCCUUUCUUGUUCAGUUAACCACUGGCCUGACCAACACAACCGCUUGUUCACACUGGAGGCGACGGGCUACGGCCUGCUGGCUCUGAUCAAGCUGGGACAGAUGGACAGAGCAGCGGUGGUGUUUAAGUGGCUCAACAGCCAGCGAAGGAUUGGUGGAGGCUAUGGCUCCACUCAGGUAACAACAGGAGGAGUUUGGGAGCUUAGCAGAGAUGGGAAUUGUGGAGUCACCAAGUCAUCUCCGUGCCAUGUACUUGUCCUGCUCAGUUACUGAACCAGGUGCCUUCAUUAAUGAGCUCACCUUUCUGGCUGCUCAUUGGAAGCAGCUGGUUCAGUGACAGAGCAGAACAAAUACAUGGCACGGAGAUGACUUGGUGACUCCACAAUUCCCAUCUCUGGAGCUUAGCUGUGAUAUACUAACCUCAUAAUCUUACUUUCAUAAUCUACUAAAGUCUUAAUCCAAAGUAAACACCCAACUCCAGAAAAGUACAGCCAAAAAUAUUCAGAAGAGAUCUGAAGUUACCUCAUGACGUCAGUAUUUUUUUAUCACAGACUGAUAUCGCCAUUCAGAGACAAUUUCUGCACAUGUAAACGGUAAAAUCAAGUCCUCCCUCCUCCCCUGUCCUCUCCCAGUCCACUAUGGUGGUGCUGCAGGCGCUGUCAGAGUACUUGAUCCGCAGACCUCCUCCUGAUAACCUCCGAUUGGAUGUGGAUGUCAGGAUAACAGGGCGCACGGAAAUCCGCUAUUAUUUCAAUCCUGAGACUGCCUAUGUUGCUCGAUCCGCCAGGGUGAGAAAAAAAUCUGUUUAAAACCUCCGCUACUUUGUCAGUGGAGUUAAGACUAAGCUUCAAGGACACGUGGGGUUUGUUUAUUAUGUUUUCAAUCUGGGUCUUUGCUGCUUUUGUCCUGUAGUUGCCGGCUGAUCAUAAUUUGGAAGUGGAGGCUCGAGGAAACGGACAGGGAAUACUGGAGGUAGGAUCAUACUCAAAGUCCAGAUCGUGUUUUUGAGUGUCAGUUUUUAAAUAGACUGCUCUUAUCUGGUCAUAAAGUAAAUACUAAUUGAUUCAUCUCUCCUCUUUUUCCAUCUGAAGAUUGUGACUUAUUAUAACCAGCUGCAUGAAGUGGAUGAAAAACUGCCCUGUCAGCACUUUGAUCUCAACGUCACUAUAGAGGAAUCCGGUGGUAAAACAUGUUUCACACUGUUCUGAACUACUGUUCUGUAGUUCAUCAAACAGAUAAAAGACCUCUAUUUUCAACAAACAGUUUUAUGCAAAAUGUUGAAAAUAUAGUAUUUCUGGGAAAGGUUGGCAGAGGUACUUUAUAAAUCACUUUGCAUUGUUAUGGCAGCUAAAUUCACAGUCAAUCAGACCGUGAUUUUAGCUCAUUAGCUCACUCAUUUUCAACCACAUGAGUGUAGCACUUUGCAGAAUUUAUCAAGUUACAGUGGAGAGGAAAAAAUUCAUUUUUAACAGGCAGAAACCUCGAGCAGAACCAGACUCAUGGUAGAUAGUCAUCUGCUGAGACUGAGCUAGGUUUAGAGAGGGGGGAGAGGGAGAUGGACAGAGGUUCUAAACCUAAUCUAAACCUAAAGCGGCUUCAAUUACAAGAUUUAUCAAAAACAUGAGGCUGUAAAUUCAGAAAAAAUGUGAGUAAGUGUGCAUUUUAUUGUAUUAAAAAAUGAGAAAAGUUUUAACUUAGUGCCUUUAAAUUGUUAGGUCAUUGAAUUCAAAUGAUAAAUUAUAUAUGAUUUUAAGCCAAAAGGAAGUGCAGGCAGACCUUGAUUAGUACUCUGUUUAUGCCCCAUUACAGAAAAGCCUACAGCAGAUGUGGAGAAAUCCUACCAGAUCACCAUCAAUGUCAGGUAAGAUAACAUUCUUGCCUUCAUGCAUUUUGAAACUUGAGUCUAGGAUUCAAUUUAUUGAAGUUACUUGAAGUAUUAGCAUUCUCCUUUUCAUCCCACAGGGCUUUAGGACCCAGAGAUGUCAGAAUGGUGGUUUUGGAUAUCAGUCUACCAACUGGCUUCACUCCCGAAAACUCUGACCUGGAGAUGGUGAACAGUCCAACCGUUUACAACCACCAGAAUUGUCACACAUUUUGUCAUAGUGUAGAGGAAAGAUUUUAAUGUCAUAUGUAAGUAUCUUUUUGUCUGUUUGUCCAGUUGUCCAAUUCAGUGGAUCAUUACAUCAGCAACUUCCAGAUCGUUGACAAUCUGAGUGACAGAGGAUCUCUCAUCCUACACCUGUUCAAGGUAAAAGUAAUGCAGAGAGCAGUUAAAUGUACUCCUUUGCUGCUAGAGUGAGUAUAACUGGCUGUUGCAUGUUACAGAUCAUACAAACUCAAAUAAAAACUUUCCUGUCAGUCAUAUUCUCUUAUUUUGUUAUCUAUUUUUGUGAAUUUUUUUUCAAGACAGUGUCUAAGCUUUAAUGCUACAACUUUUAAUUCAAUGCCUGCUGAAUGUUGAGUUUCAGAUCUUCUCUGUUUGCACAAUUUUCACACCUCUCUCCUCCUUUCAGGUGUCUCACAAAGAGCCAGAGAUCCUGAUCUUCAGGCUUCAGCAGAACUUCAAAGUAGGCCUCCUGCAACCCUCCUCAGUGACUGUCUAUGAGUACUACAACCCAGGUAGGUAAACAUACCUGUCAUACCUAAACCAAGACAAAAGGGACUCUUUCAAUUUCCCAUUUGAGUCGGUCACUGCUUCUGCUGAUUCAUCAGGAAACAGAAGUGAAACAGCGCAAAAAUGUGAUCCACAGUUUGAUGGUCUUAAACGUUUUGUCUCUGUCUCCAUCAUAGAUCACCGCUGCAGUCGUACUUACACUCCCAGAGAGGACAUGGAGGAGCUCACAAAAAUCUGUACGGACAACGUCUGCCGCUGCACUCAGGGUAAAACAAACGCCUGUCUGCUGCAGAUGCAUGAAGAAAAGGUGUCCUACAGCUGUCUUUUAUUCCAACUGAGAUGUUAUUCCUCGUGAACUACAGGUGACUGCUGUGUCCCCAAAGCUGACAGUGAAAUCUUUCCCAACAAAGACAGAGAGACUUUUGCCUGCAAGAGUUUACACCACGGUAUGAAACCCUGUCUCACAUUCACAGUUUAAACACAGCAAUACGUGUUUACAUUCAUAUAUUCAGAUUUGAGGAGGCGUCACCAGAUGCUUGAAAAAAAACAACACAAUAUUAAUAGUUUUAUUCACUUCAGUGAUCCAGGUGAAGGUGCUGAGUGUCAGUAAGAGUUACUACGACAAAUACGAGAUGGAGAUCACACAAGUCAUCAAGUUGGGUGAGUCACUGCAGUGUCUGAGUGCCUGCCUUUAAGAAAAUCUAACAUUAUAGCCAAACACAAUCAAAUAGCAUUGCGAAACGUGAUGCAUUGAGUUUCACUCGCUACCUUUGCAUGUAAAAGCUCUUGUGUCUUCACUCAGGUGUGGAGGCUGGAGUUGAAGUGGGUCAGAGGAGGUUUUUUAUGUCUAAUGGAGGCUGCAGAGAUAAUCUCAACCUGAAGGAGGGUUCCCUGUACCUCAUCAUGGGCCCCAAAGAAGACCAGUGGGACAUCGACACUGAAAACAAUAGGUAUGGGGAGCAGGAAAAACAUGAGCAAAAGUAUACAUGGUACUGGGUCUGAGGCACCGCAAAUUUACAAGGGUGUACCUCAUGGAUUAGUUCUGGGUCCACUACCGUUUACAAACUUUAUAAAUUGUCUUGUACAGAUUGUCCCAAACUCUGCUUUUGACUUUUAUGCUGAUGGCAGUCUUUUCUUGCUGUACACCUCCACCUGCUCAAGCUCUCAAAUUUCAGCCUACAUUUGAAUUAGUACAAGAUCUUUUUUGUCAACUAUGACUUGUUCCAAAUGUGGACCAACUCAACUCAGGUUUUUUAAUCCUUCAAGAGUAGAAGGAAAACUGUUAACAAAGAUGGUUGUGAGAUGAGUUGGUGCUAAAGAUGUAGAGAGCUCAAGUUUCUGGAAAUACAUUUUUAGAUUUUUUAUGUUUUUCAUCUGUUAAGAAAAAAUUGGGAAACAAAGUUUUUAAGCCGUCAUGAAAAAAAGUUACUAUGGUGGAAAAAGUUCAACAAAAUUGCAAAAAAAAUAAAAAAUAAAAAAUACAGUGAUCUUUCCGAUUUCAGUUAAACUGUUUUCUUCUCUUUUCACUCCCUGUGUGUCAGGUCCGUCUACAUGUUAGGAAAGGACACCUGGGUGGAGCGCUGGCCGUCGCCUGAAGAGUGCUCCAGCAGCCCCAAUCUACAGGCCAAAUGCAACACCCUGGAUGAAACUGCAAACGAACUGUCACUCAAUGGCUGCAGGAUGUAGAGGUGUCGUGUUUCAGCAAUGUAGACAAAAUACUGAACACAGGAUUAAAUCAUAAUUCAAUCCAGUUGGUACAAUAAGGGCAAACUGUAAAGUCAUGUAAGGAGUUUUUCUGUGAUGAUAAACUGAAAGUGGAGGAAGUUAUAAUUACAUGUGCAUUUCUACAGUGUAAUGAUAAUAAGUAACCCCCAAAAGCUUAUUGACCACCAUAAGAAAAAAAAAAAUCAAGAAGCCUCUCUACAAACCUUUAAUAGAAGAGUUUAAAUAAAAAGAUAAAUAAAAUAAAAUAAUCAAACUGUUACAAUUCACAUUUAAAGCUAGAAAUGACAUAUGUAUCUAUCUAUGAUACAAAUUAUUAAAACACAUUUUUGAAAAACAAAAACAUCUUCUGUAAAGACUUCUUUCUAACUUGUUAAAUCUCUAAGCGAAAGAAAACACAUCAAUCCUCCUUAAAAAUAUGAUGUUGCAGCCUUUGUUAGCAAAACGGUGGUUAUUGCCCAUGUGAGUCAGAGCUGCAUUCUAGCGAGUGGCCAGCAGGGGGGGAGACUGUACCUGUUGCACAAGGAAGUCUGAAUGAGCAAAGCAGAAAUGUGAUUGUACUAUUUGCGUCAUUUGUCUCCACUGUUAACAUUUUACCAUUGAGUUUAUAUCUAAAAAUUCUUAAAAAUAACCUUUAAAAAGUGUCAUGUGAUUUAAAACCGUUGGAGCUAACUUGUGCAAACUACAAUUAUCUAUUCUCAACUCUUCACAGUCCAGUUGCCUGUUUUAAAGUCUUCAAGAUAAGCAUGACCUGGAUGACUGAGAAUCUACAUGGACAUACAAUUAUCUGUGCCUACAUUUUUUUUUUCUCAGAAUAAAUAAUUACUGUUCAUUGAGCAUUCUGUGAUUUUCUUAAAUAAACAAAAACUUAAUAUAAAUACAAGGUUGUUGGUUUCCUUUUUGCUAGUUUUUUUAAUUUUUCUUUACCAGCAGCUGAACUCUGUUCUGACUAAGGAUGGGGAUCAAUAACCCGGUCCAUGAAAUACUUGGUUUAGCAUAUUCCAGGACCUGAAAAUUCAUCAUGUUGGGGCUUAUUGAGUCUGCUAUUGAGUCUGGAAAGUCCAAUGAAGUAACCCUUUUCUUUGAAUUGAUCAAAUCACUGUUGCACGUGUAUUAAUAGACUUUCUUGUUUAAGUUUUUGAACAACUAACAGAAAAAAAGUAAAUGAUAUCAUGAUGUGUUCAAAUGUCACGGCCAGAAAAAGAGAAAUAUAUAUGGGGAGAACAAUCUGUAUAAAUAUGAUAGUUUGAAGGAUAAUGGUAAUAGACAAGACUUGAUAGGGGUAUUGAUAAAGACUUGGAUCAUUAAGGAGCCUCAAUAAUGGUAUCAGUAUCAAUAAAAUAUAAAGCUCCCCAUCCUUACGCCUGAUUAUGCUUUUUCAUCACAGUUUCCUGCAUGGUCAAAGUUGCACAGAAACUGCAAUCCUUUUUAAGCUAUCGCCAGGAUGAUGUUCUUUGGGGAGGAUCUGCCAACCUCGUGGCAGGAACACCACGAGGAGCGCUCCAUUUAAACAUAAUAGCAGCAUAGUUCACGUCCCCCCCUUCCUCCUGCUCCUGUCCAUGGUGCUGAGCUGGUCUGAUGUUGGAGUAAAGAGAGUCUGGCUGGUUUGUGAUGAACUGGACACUGGAGUAAUGGAGGUCAUCGUGGUCCUCUUGAGUGCUCUGAUGAAGAUUCUGUUGUGAAAGAUGUUUUUUGUUUUAACUCGAAGGGUUAUUUAGCUUUUUUUGAAGUGGGACUGUAUGAGUUAUAUGUCACUAGUAAGUGCUCCUUUGGCAAACAACCUUGCGAGGUGUCUUACCAGGUAAAUGAGUAAAGUUGUUU